AUGGCUUUAGAUCUCAGAAUCUCAUUUCAAGGUGAACCAUCCAGGAAUGAUCCUGGGUCAGAAAAUCAUGAGUUUAAUCCCCGUCAAGUACCUGCUGUCCAGGAUGGGGAGAGGAUCUCCAAGUUCCCGAGCACUCAACACAGCUUAUUUCAAAAUGGCAAGAAUUCAUGUGCAAGGCAGGAACUGCAAAGACUCUAUAAGUUAUUUCACUCCUGGCUACAGCCAGAAAAACACAGCAAGGAUGAAAUGAUUUCUCGUUUGGUCCUGGAGCAAUUUAUGAUCAAUGGCUACUGCAGUGACAGGUCCAUGUUGAAAGAGAAAUGGGAAUCAAGUGGCAGAAACCUGGAGAAAUUCAUGGAAGAUCUGACUGAUGAUGGCAUGAAGCCACCUGGCUUAGUCCACGUCUGCAUGCAGGGGCAGGAAGCUCUCUUUUCUGAGAAUAUGCCCUUAAGAGAAGUCAUAGUUCACCUCAGGAAACAGUUGUCAACAGGAACCCAAACUGGAGAGAACAUGGGGACCCCUUUCCAGACUCCCAAAGAUCAUUCUCUGGAAACAGAACAAGGAGAUGAAGACAAAGAAAAUGGUGGCAACAUAUCUUUGAAAACUUGUCAAGUAAAUGACAGUAUGACUAGUCAAGGCAAUCAAACACCUUCCCUACUCAUCAUCCAGGGAGAGAACCGUCCUGGGCCUGGAGAGGGAGGUGUUCCUUUGGAGAAUCCACUCAGCUCCAGAAGAGCAGGUCUAGGCACCUGCAGGUCCCAGGAAGAGUCCCUGAAAGGACCCCCUUAUCAAGAUGUCCUUAUAGAGGUGGGACCAGGGUUUCUCUCCCGGCCAAACCAGGUUACGCCUGAGCGUGUUCCUACCCACCAGAGCAUUGAGGGAAACUCAGCAUGUGGGGGACACCAAGAAAGAUCCCAGGGAGCCCCCAAAUCAUACAAAUGUGAGAAGUGUCCCAGGAUCUUUAGGUAUCUGUCUCGGUUAAAAGCCCAUCAAAGAAGACACAAUAAUGAGAGGACAUUUAUUUGUGGCCAGUGUGACAAAGGCUUCUUCCAGGCAUCAGACCUACGCGUGCAUCAGAAGAUUCACACAGGAGAGAAACCUUUCAAGUGCAGCACAUGUGAAAUGUCCUUCAGCCACAAAACCAACCUUCGGGCUCAUGAGAGAAUCCACACAGGGGAGAAGCCCUAUGUGUGUUCCCUUUGCCAGAGAAGCUACCGCCAGUCAUCCACCUACCACCGCCACCUGAGGACUCACCAGAAAAUUGCCUUCAAAAGUGUUCCAUCUAGGGGGCUGUAUGCUUGGAUUUUGCAAGUUAAACUCACAUUGACAGCUCUCCUCGACAUACUGGCUGCUUGUACGACUCUGUCAGGCAUUGUGCAGUGGCAGCAUACCAGUUCAUGGAUCCCCACACAGCAGAUUCCCACAACUGUAAGAGGAGGUGAGGACAGCAUGACCGGAAAACACUUUUGGGCUCUGGCCCAUGGGAGGGCCCAACAUGCCAUAGUGGCCUUGCCUGUGGAAAUGCUCUACACUGAGUGGCGGUGGCUCCCCUCCACCCUAGCACAGUGCAGGCAAGAAGGUGCCCUGCCCGCUCAGAAGGUGCCCCUGUCUGCAGAGCACAGUAGCCAGAGGGAUCCACAGAGUGGUGGCUCAGCCCCCGCAUGGGUGCCCUACACCCUUAGUGUAGCGCAGGCAAGAAGGCACCCUGCCCACUCAGAAGGUACCCCAACCCACAGAGCAUGGCAGCCCACAGGAACCAUCAAGUGGCGGCUCAGCCUCUACAUAGCCUGCAGCAGCUAA